CAAACAACGAAGAUCCGCGGACGGCGAGACGUCGUGACUGCUCCGUCAAGAGCACCUUUGCGGCUACCAGCCCCCCUCUCACACCAGCUGUUCUGUCUCGUCCUGUUUUCUAAUUUCGCGUGCCAACAAACGAUUUGGCCAUAUGUUUUUCACCUUCUCCUCGAGAUUCGAUUCCUUUUUUCUCUCCUAAGAAUCCUCAAGCGCCUCUCUCCAGCCUCUCCAGCCGGGGGCCCUCCGGUCAGGUCCCGCUGUGCUGCUCGACGUCGCCUCGUUUCCUUCUGUCUCCUUCCCGCUCGCUUUUUUCUUCUCUUCUGCGGCAUCGCAGGUUUUCCAGCUUCACUCUCUUCCUAGUUGCCUCUCUCUUCAUGGUUUUCGUCCUCCGUCUCCUCCCUAGUUCCUCUGCCUUUUUCUCUCGCUCUUGCCGUCUCUUUUCCUCGCCGCGCGUCCACCUCCACUUGGCCAGCUCUGUUUUCUUCCCUGCCAACUCCUCUGCAGACCCGUUCUCUCUGUACCUCUGAGCUGUCGACCUCGUUCCGCCGCUCUCCAUCUUCUCCCUCGGUUCCUCUCGCCUCCUUGCGUAGAGCAACCUCCCGUUGUCUUCUGAAGAGUCUUUUUUCCGCUGCUCUUUCCCCUCCGUCCCCCUCCUCCUCUCCCCCCUGCACACAAAUGGCGACUGCGCGUUCGCCCGCUAUUCGGAUCGACUGGAAGCUCGCGGCCUUCCUCCGCCACCUGCGCUCGCAGUUAAUUCUCCGCAGAGACUCGCUGAGCUCUCCUUUCCUGGCCGUCCUCGUCGGCGUUCCUCUCUCCUCUGCUUCUCCGGCGUCUCUGCUGCUCUCUUCUUUCCGCUUGCUGCAUGCAGAGCGCGACCCCACACUGGCGCAGCUCUUCACUGCCUCGACUCCAAGUGUCUCCUCAUCCCUCCGCGAGGCUCUGCGGCGAGACUUGGCGACGAUCACCUUCAUCCUUCCGGACGGCCUGCGCAUUCUUGGCCUUCUCGCCUUCUCGCCUGCAGACGGUCCCGCUGUCUCUGCCGUGUAUCCUAGUGUCUCCGCCGUCGCGGAGGCGAUCUCCACUCAACUUGCGUUUCUAGCUCAAAAGGAGCUUUCCUCUCUUUCAGAGGACGCAGGAGUCGCUGCGUCUCAUCGACUCUCCUUCGUCUGUUCCCUCUCCAGUGAUGCCGAGAAAACCACUGGCGCUUCAGUCUUCCCCUGGACCUUCGUCUCCCUCCUUCCUUCUCUCUCUUCGUCGAGUCCUUCUUCUUCCUCGUCUCCGUCUACUGUGGAGGAGAGCGCAGGCGCUCGGUUGACCGUCUCCGUGGAGGACGGGAGCUCCCUGUUGAGGUCGGAGAGGUUCCUUUUUCUGCGGUCUCGGCUCGCGCUGUCACUGCGCCUCGAGACGCCUUUCUUGGUGACUCUGUCGCGGGGCCUCGGCGACGCUCGCCACGGAGCGACGGACGCAGUCUCCUCUCUGGAAGCAGAGAGAGAACUCGCAGCUGGCGAGGACCGCGCAGACUUUCUCCCGUGUCUGCCGUCGACGACUGCGACCGAACUCCUCGCUGCACUCCGCGAGCAAGAAGCCGCCCUCGCCGCCCCCCUCGGCCUCUUCUUCUGCAUGCCCAACGGAGUGUACGUCCACCCGACGGACGGAGUGGAGGCCGCCAGCGCUCGCCUCGAGAAGAGUCCCUCUCGGCUCGGAGGCUGCGACACCAGCGUCUGGACAGCCGUCGCGCCUGCGGCCUCGAAGGCGAAGCAUGUCGUCGUUGGAGAGGCCAAGAUCGCGGACGAGGAUGCAGAAAGAAACAACACAGAAGGUCGCUUGCAAACAGCCUUCUCGACUCACGCAGUUCUGGACCUUCCCUGGCUCCAACAAGCCUCGCAGGGCGCGACGCAGGACGGACGCCUUCCUCUCGCGUCUCUGUCGGCGAUUUCCAUCCCUGCUUUCCUCUCUUCUCUCUCCAGCGCCUCGGAGUCCCCGCAUGGCUGGGCCUACACCCCAGAGUGCGGCGCAGCUCAAGUUUCUCUGCGCUACAUCCAGGUCUUCCUCGACAGCUGCAUCCUCGUUCCAGGAACCGCUUCACUCGCCUCCUGUGCGAACCGCUUCCUCCGCGCCUUCCGGCGCCAACUCAGACACGCUGCUCUCCAAAUUCUCCACUCUUCUUCCUCUUCUUCCUCUUCUUCCUCUUGUUCUGUGCAGAACAUCUUGACGACAUCCCUGACUGCUGCUUUGAUGAGCAGCGGCGACUUCGCUGCUUCCUCGGCGUCCGCGGCUUCUGCCUGCGCGCCCUCUCCUCCGCUGUUCCCGCGAGUGCUUUGCUUCGACGCUUCGCGCUGUCGAGUUCCCAGGGAGGAGCAGCCUGCAAGUCUCUCCUUCGCCUUCCACUCGGUCAAAUUGCCUUGGUGUCUCCACCCGCUGCUCUCGUGGAACAACGAGGCGCAGGUCGCGCGGCGCCACUGGCUGUCCCUUCUCGGCGUUUUGAAGGACCUCCCUGCUUUCCGACUGUCUGCUGCUCUGCCGUGGAACGAAACGCAGGCAGAGCGCGGCAGAGGCGCCCACAAACUUGUGAAUCCUCACAGAUCUCUAGUCACAGGACCUAAGUGGCUCCCGCAGACGCGCGCCGUCACCUGCCUCGUGCAGGGAGACUUCGCGUACUACCAUUACUGUCAGGACAACGAGCGCGACGAGGGCUGGGGCUGCUGCUAUCGUUCCCUUCAGCUCGUCAUCAGUUGGUUUCAGCGUCAGCACUUCACCACGAAACCGGUGCCGUCGAUCGCCGACAUCCAGCGCCUGCUCAAAAAAUUUGACUUGGCUCACGAAAAUCUCGAAAUAGGCUCCAAGGCAUGGAUUGGAACAGUGGAGGGGAGUUACGUUUUAAAUUGGUAUCUGCAUGUCCCGAGCAAGCUGCUGCAUCUGACGAGCGCAAGCGACCUGCCGUCUCACGCGGCGACUCUCAAGGAGCACUUUGACUCGGUCGGCUCCCCUGUGAUGAUGGGCGUCGGCGACUACGCGUAUACCAUGGUUGGAAUUUCUGUCGAUUCGGAAACAGGCGAGGCGGCGUUCCUCAUCGUGGACCCGCACUAUGCGGGCGACGACGGAGACAUCGACAAGAUCCUCGACAAGAAUUGGAUUGGCUGGAAGAAGACGAACUUCUUCGAGAAGACAGCAGGGACGAAGUUCAUCAACCUUGCGCUGCCGCAGAUCUGCACAGAGGGCGGGGAUCUCUUUGUGUAGAAAGCAUGUGAAAAGGAAACUUGGAAAGGAAGCGGAGAGCGGAAGCCAACGCAGAAAAGAGACAUUUGUCUUUGUCGCCUUUACGUUUAACAUACUUUUUUUCCGACAUGCGUAAAUGAGGUUCUUUCAACUCUUCUCGACGUCUUCCUCCUCAAAGCAGAGACGCAAGCGAGCAUUUUGUUAAAUUUCAAUAAAAUAGGGACAACGUUUCUGCUUCAUCCAGAGGAACACCGCGACGGCGAUCGCGGUUUGCCUUUUCUCGCCAGAAAGAUUUGUUUGUAAAAAAACGUAAUGCCGAGAAAGCGAAAGCAUACAAAUACAAAAGAAGAAAACCAUGCUGCACGCUCUUUUCUUUCUUUUCGGAGUCUCUCCUUGAUCGCGAAAAAGAAGUCGAGACUCAUCACCUCCUUCGAAAAACUCACGAUCCUCUCUGUUCUCAGACGGCAGUGUCUUCAGAGCUUGCAUGUCUCCUCCCCUUUGUUCUUGCUUCUCUGCGUUUCUCCCUUCUGUCAAUUCUCCGUCACUCCUUUCUUUCUUCUUUCCCCUUCCUUCGUCUUUGCACAAGAUGUCUUGGAGAGGCGUAUGUACGCGCUGUCUAAAGUUUCUUCAGUUGCAUGCACGGAAAACAAAGCAGUGAUCCUUUUUAGCAGAGCGACGGACCUUACUGGCGAAGUAACUGCGCGCGCCCAAGAACUCCAGUUAUGAGAUAAAAAUAACCGCG